CGAAGAAGAAGAAGAAGAAGACUUUUUGCCACCAAGGAAGAAGAAGAAGUACUAUAACCUCAAUCUUAUGUUCUGUGCUCAAUCUGUCAAAGUUUUCAUAACGACUCUGAUAACGACGCUUGUAGAUAAACAUAAAAUAUAAUUGCUCUAAAAAUGGUUGUUUUGGAAGUUAAAGCAACAUUGGAAAACAUUGAAGAAUUUUAUACAAACCAUCCUGAUUAUUCUUUUUUACUAAAACUACAAUGUACCAGCUGUGGAGAGAUAUCUGAUAAAUGGCAUGAUGUUACAGAAAGUAUUACGUUUUCUGGUAAAGUAAAAUCUGAGACACAUUAUUUAGCUAAAUGUAAACUUUGUGGAAGAGAAAAUUCACUUGGUAUUAAGGAAAAAAGCAAUGGUAAAUACAUAAGUAAAGAUCAAGGAUCAUUUAAACCAAUAGUAACAUUUUUGUGUAGAGGAUUAGAACCCACUGAUUUUAAACCCAUUGAAGGUUGGAUUGCCAAAGCUGAUGAAAGUGGUACUGUUUUUGAAAAUAUUGAUCUCUCUGAAAAGGAAUGGGUAGAUUAUGAUGAAAAUAAACAACAAUCUGUUGGAAUUUAUGAAUUUGAGCAUAGAUUUGUUAAAUAAAUAUUUUUUUAUUUG